GAGUGGAACGCACAUGGUCCGAGACCUGCGCUACUCAGUUCAAGUUCGGAAGAGAGUGGUAAGCCGACGAGACCAAGAAACCCUCGCGGAAGCUCUCUAGCGCGAUGACCACCCGGGUCGAGGAUAUCUUGGGCUUGAAUGGAGAGACAGAGGAAGUCUUCAAGACGAUAAACGUCGAGAAGCCGCUCGACUGUGAAUUUGACAUCGGAGAACUACUGGUUGUGGAUCCGAACGCUAUCGAGGAGUACAAGUUCAAACAGAACGAGACAGACUAUGUGGACAAUUUGAGUCGAGAUAAUGUUCAACUCCUAAUCAACGAGCUGUUCAAAAUUCCCACCGAAGUGAAAGAAGAUACUGUGGUGUUCCAACUCCCAAAACCAGUGACCAGAAUCCCCCGCGAGAAACCGUGUCCGAAGCCGAAACCGCUGACCAAAUGGGAGGAAUAUCGCAAGAAGAAGGGUCUCCGACCAGCCAAGAAGGAGAAACUCGUCUGGGAUGAGGCCUCGAAGGAAUGGAAGCCUCGAUAUGGAAUGAAGCGAAUCAACUCCGAGAAAGAAGUUUGGGCUAUUCCCGUCCCCGAAACAGCUGAUCCCAUGGUUGACCAAUUCAAAUUGAUGAGGGAGAAGAAGAAGGAACGCAUCGCUAAGAACGAAUUCCAGCGACUGAGGAAUAUUCAGAGAGCUCACAAAAUCGAUAAGUUUGCCGUGAGCUCUGUGAUGCCGACCGACAAGCCCACACCGGAAUUGAUGUCGAAAGCCGCUGCUGUGGCUAAAGGUAGCACGGCUUCCCUCGGAAAGUUCGACAGGAAACUGGCGCUCGAGAAGGAAGCGAAGAUAAAGGGCAAGAAGCGCAAGUUCGUUGACAAUAUCGGCUCGAUAUCCACGGAGAAGGAGCGCACCAUGAAAAUUCUCGAUGAGCUGAACCAUUCACGUCCGAAACUCAAUUACGCUCGGGUCGUCGAAAAACAAAUGAAGAAAGAUGUUAAGGAGGAGAUCCGUCAGAAAAAAGAAAAGAAGAGAGGAACCAGGAGUUCGAAGAAGCUCGGGAACAAAAAAGCCGCCAUCAAAAUGGCGAAACUCAACCGCAUCAAAGGCAAAGCGAAAGGCGCUAAGGGGAAGAAGAGACGUUGAUUUCCCCGAAGGAGAGAUUCAUGUCACUGUUCGUUAUUGUAAAGGACGCCGAUGCGGAGUCGUCAAUAAAUUGCGCGCGUGUACAUACAAUAAGCAAGAGUCC